CCGGAGCCGAGCCGAGGUAGCGCCGGGCGGGCGGGCGGGCGGCGCGGGGUGGUGCGGCUCCCCCGCUCGCUACGCGCUGCUGCCGGCGCGGCCUCGGCGGGUCGCCGGCGCGGCCGGACGUGCCUUGUCGUCGGCUGGUGAAAGAGGUACAAAAUGGCUUACAGCGUGACUCUGAAUGGACCUGGACCAUGGGGUUUCCGACUGCAAGGCGGGAAGGACUUCAACAUGCCCUUGACCAUCUCCAGAAUCACCCCUGGCAGCAAGGCAGCCCAGUCACAAAUAAACCAAGGGGACCUUGUGGUAGCCAUUGAUGGAGUCAACACUGACAGCAUGACCCACUUAGAGGCCCAGAACAAGAUCAAGUCAGCCAGCUACAAUUUGAGCCUCACUCUUCAGAAAUCUAAACGUCCAGUGCCAGUUCCAACCACAGCACCCAGAAUUGACUCUCCCCGGCCUGUCAUUCCCCACCAGAAGGAACCUUCUUGGGAAAUCAAUGGCAACAGAACAACCUUCAGUCCUCUAACUAACACGGCGACUGGGCCUAUGGGUAGUAUUUUAGCAACCAAUGGAACAUUUUCAGGCUACCUCAGCAAGCAAGAGAUCAGCCUUUCAAAUAGCUCUUCCUACUUAAAGACUACCACAGUUAGAUCUUCCAUGUCCUCUCAGUCUGUGACUCCUGACAUUUCACCUGCAAAGAGUAAUCUAGGUUCAAAACUAAGCCCUGUAUCCACUGAUGGCAAUAGUCCUAAACACCAGCUGAGCCCUGCAAGGCAGUAUAACAACCCUAUUGGCCUUUACUCAGCAGAGACUCUAAGGGAAAUGGCUGAGAUGCAUAAAUUAAGUCUCAAACGAAGGGCUUCGGAAGGUGGACUUCCUAGAGGUACGGAGUUUGUGGAACGUUUCAACCCCAAUGUCCUGAAGGACUCUGCCCUGUCUACACACAAACCCAUUGAGGUGAAAGGCUUGGGCGGCAAGGCUACCAUAAUUCACGCCCAGUAUAACACCCCGAUCAGCAUGUACUCCCAGGAUGCUAUCAUGGAUGCAAUUGCAGGCCAGGCACAAGCCCAAGGUGGAGAAUUUGCUGGUACUCUUCCAAUUAAAGAUCCUCACGUAGACAGUGCCUCUCCAGUGUAUCAGGCCGUGCUGAAGACUCAGAACAAGCCUGAUGAUGAGACUGAAGACUGGGGCCGCCGUUCUGCCAACCUGCAGUCUAAGUCUUUCCGCAUCCUUGCCCAGAUGACAGGAACGGAGUACAUGCAAGAUCCAGAUGAAGAAGCCUUGAGGAGAUCAAGAGGCAAGGAAAAUGUUGCAGCAGCAUCAGAAAACAGUACCCCUGUUGAGCAUGCUCCAGUGUCUACCAGCUCUGCCUCUGCUCCUGUGCCACAUGCUUCAGCGCAUCAGCCUGCUACUGCUGCUCAAAAUCCAGCCAGUCUGACGACUCCACCGCCAGCAGCCACUCCCACUUCAGUAGUGCAAGAGUCCUUCUCAUCCUCCUUCCAAAGAGUGCUUGCAGCCCCCAGCUCUCUUUCACAACCUAAGCCUUUUCUUGGGUCCAAGAACAUGUCAUUAGCAGUUUCCACUAUCUCAUCUGCUAUCUCAUCUCAGUCUAGUUUCAACCGGCAUUCUUCCACCUCCAUCAGCUACCAGUCAAAAAAGAGAAACACAAGCCAAUCCUAUGCAACAGCACCAGUUUCUGCAAGUUAUGGUGAAAGUCCUGCUGCUUCUACUACUUCAAAACCAAGGGUUGUCACUACUGCCAGCAUAAAGCCCUCUGUCUACCAGCCAGCACCAGCACCAGUUCAUUCCUACACCCCUGCCAAUGCUGAGCCUGCAAGCCGCCCUCCAUGGGUAACAGAUGACUCCUUUUCCCAGAAAUUUGCACCUGGAAAAACUACCACCACUGUCACCAAGAACAUCUUACCACGGGGUGCUCCAGUACCAUCUCCUGCCUCAACUUCCGCUUACCCAUCUCCAGUUUCAGCUUCUUCCCAGGCUCCUGCAGUAGCCCGGGGAACAAUUCAGAGGGCCGAGCGUUUUCCAGCCAGCAGCCGAACUCCUCUCUGUGGACACUGUAACAGCAUAAUUCGGGGUCCUUUCCUGGUAGCCAUGGGUCGCUCUUGGCACCCAGAAGAAUUCAACUGUGCUUACUGCAAGACAUCCUUGGCUGAUGUGUGCUUUGUGGAAGAGCAGAAUAGUGUAUACUGUGAGCGCUGUUAUGAGCAGUUCUUUGCGCCAACCUGUGCCAGAUGCCACACUAAGAUCAUGGGGGAAGUGAUGCAUGCCCUACGGCAGACUUGGCACACAAGUUGCUUUGUCUGUGCUGCUUGUAAGAAGCCGUUUGGGAAUAGCCUCUUUCACAUGGAGGAUGGGGAGCCUUACUGUGAGAAAGAUUAUAUUGCUUUGUUCAGCACAAAAUGCCAUGGCUGUGAUUUUCCUGUGGAAGCUGGAGAUAAAUUCAUUGAAGCCCUUGGACACACUUGGCAUGAUACCUGCUUCAUUUGUGCUGUAUGCCAUGUGAAUUUGGAAGGCCAACCAUUUUACUCCAAGAAGGAUAAACCACUGUGCAAGAAGCAUGCCCAUGCCAUCAACAUUUAAAGAAAGAGCUGGAAACCAGUUAUGCUGGGGAAAAAAUUUAUGACUAACUGGGCAAUUAUGAAAUGAAUAACUAUGGCUAGUAUUUCUCUGGGUAAAAGCUAGGAAGUUGACACUUCUGAAGUUUAAUUUUAACCUCUUUCAUAUAUGCAGAAUAUGCUUUGGUAUGGUUCAUACAAAAACUGCUGAAUGAACAAUCAAAACAAAUGAACUAUCUAUUUGAAAACAAAUUUAGUGGAACAGCUGGGGGAAAAUACUGAAAUUACCUAAAAACUAUAAUAUAAAAAGUAAUACACAAAUACAGUUUCAAAUGAACUACCCGAAGCAGCUUUACUGCUUAGACCACACACUAGUGUUUAAGAAUAACUGGAAAAGUCCUUUUGUAAUAAGUCAUUUUCUUUUGUAACAAGAAUGAGUAAGUGCCACAUGUACAAUAAUCUGUAGAACCAAAGGCAAUAGCUUUCAAAGGGAAAUAAAUAGAUUAGGGUUUCCUAAUUGAAAAGUGAGGGCUAUUCCAUUAUGUCAUGGUGCUACCUCAUAGCAUCAAGCAUUUUAGAUUGUUUCCAAACAAGAAGUUUGCCUUGAAUCCAUAUACAGCUGGGAAGCUAAGGAGACAAUGGGUAACUUAGUUUAAGAAUAAAGUGGAAACAAUUAACUCCAUCCACACCCCAAUAAAACUUAUAAAAGCAUUUUGGGUUUACCUCGUUAGUGCACUUGGCUUAUAUAUGAGCAGUAGAUUACCUCACUUUCAAGUCACAAUGGAAAAGGGCAACUGGCUUUCUCCAACUUGCUCUUAAAUUGAAUGGAAUGGGGGUUGCUGGAAAAGAACUCUUUUAAUUCAAACCUGGUUUGCCUUUCCUCUUGGGAAACAACAUUCUCAGAGUUGCUUAGGUGUCUAACUCCCAUUUAUUUCAGUGAGAGAUAGGAAUCUACAUGCUGAGCUUCACAUUAAUGAACACUGAAGACAUACCUCCACUGAGCACAGCUUGGAAGUGGGAGGUAGCUUGCAAAAGUUCCCUACUGUGUUGCCACAUAGUUAGAAAAAGAGCAUCUUCAUUUCUCCUGUAGUAAAUGAACAUCGAUAAAAAUUUACAGGGCAGCACAACAGCGCAGGUAUGUGUUCUUUAUUACUUUUAUUAAUGUAAAUGCAACACAUUCUGAACUGGGCUGCAUUUGCCACUGUAAGACAGUAGAUAGGCUCUGACAAAUAGGAUAACCAUACAGUCAUCUCUUCUAAUAUUUUUAAAACACCUUUCAAGUUGUUCAAACAGUUACUUAUAGAACUUUUUUUUUUGCAAAAGACAGCAGUAUUUGUAUUAUUGAUAAUUUUUAAUUUUAAAUAUCAAUGACUUGUAUAACAGAUGGCAGUUCUAUUGAAUAGAAAAUAGCGUUAAAAUGGAAAGUUUGAUCACUAUUCAAGUUUUAUUAAUUUGUUUAAGUGGGAAUUAUGAUUCUGUAUUGACAGCUUACAGUGCUUACACUUUAAGGUUUGUAUUUCUUGGGCUUCAGCUACCCGAGCAUGCAUUCUGUGGUACCCAUUCUGGUGCCAUCUGCACCCUGUUGUACCUUGUAGUUUUGAAUAGCAGUGAGUGACUUAGCAUUGUCUCUUCCCUCCUGCAAUGUGUAAUGCCCUUUUUAAGAAAGUUGCCAUGUCUUUUAGGGAUGAAAAGCUUGUGGGAGGAGGGGGGAGGAGGAAAUAAAGGAGAUCCGGGGUUCUAAUGUGUAAGUUAAAACUUACCUGCAGGCAGUCCACAUCUUGGAAAAAAAUAACAACCUAAAGCUGCCUGUGGCAGUUUUGACAUGUGUGACCUGUAUUUAUUCUGUAGGUACCUUAGUUCUCACUGAUGCUAGCAGUAAUCUGACCCCAGUGCUAGAGGGUUAGAUUUUUUUAUGCAUGAAUUAUUCUAAAAGAGUACAUUAUGCACAAAGUCUUUUUUUUUUCUAUAGUAAACAAAUGUUCUGUUUUUGCUUGGUGCUGGGCUGGUGUAAAUAUGGUUCCACUGAUUAUAAAAUCCAAAGAUCUGUCUCAUAGUAUUCUCCAGAGGAAUAAAUUAUAAUCAUGGGAGUUAAAUCAUUUUUCACUCAUAUUUGACUGCAUUAAGUAGCUUUUUGUAAGAGUGAGGUAGUUCUAUAUUUCCUCUUAUUUUUUGAAUGUCAUUCAACAAAAGAUAGUGUUUAUUAUUCUCUAUCGCUUAGAGAGAGAAUCAGUAACAGCCUAUUAUAUACUAAGCCUGCACUGAAGAUGCUCUUUUAGGCAGUUUCUGUGUUACCCACUGACUGGGGCUAGUCUCUCACCAUAUGCCGACAUCACAGAUCCUCAAAACAGGGGUCAGGCUCCUUUGGGAAGAUACAGGAUGUUAGGGCAUGUGAUGCCUCAGGAGAAUUUCAUCAGGUCUUUUGCCUCUAAUCUAUGUGUGUGCGUCUGUCUCUCUCUCUCCCUCUCCACCUUCCCCUCUGCAAAGUCCCUGAAAGUUUGCUCUUCACUGGCCGUGUGAGGAAUGUUACCUUUGAGGAGAUGGGCAGAGAAGAAGGCAGCAGGGCUGGGGCUGCCUCUUCUCCCUGUUCUCCCCGCUCCUGCCCCUGUUACCCUGCAGCUGUAAGAGCAGGCACGAGCGGGAAGGGGCACCAGUGGGACUGGUGGGGCUCUCUUCCUCUUCCAGAGGGAGCCCAGGACUGGUGGCUGAGGUGGCACAGGU